CCCUCCCGCGCCUGCAGCGCCACCGGCUAGCCGAGGGAACGGCCGGGAUGGCGGCAGAGGGCUGGGACUGCCCCGCCACCCGCGCCCUCCUGGAGGCCGCCUACUUCCCGCCGGGCUGCAGCGGCCAGGAGCUGGAGGACUUCUGGGCUUUCUUCCGGCGCCUGCGGGGCGUCUGCGAGCGGCAGGGCUCCAGCGCGGGAGGCCGGCCGGCCUAUGACCCCGGGUGCCGCCUGAACCUGCGGCUGCCCCGGCGAGUGGCGGCCGGCGUGUCCCCGGCGCUAGCGCGCCGGUUCGGCCUAGCGCUGCUCCGCUUCCUGGAUUUCGCGCAGCGGCGGAGCUUGGCCCGGCUGGCGCGGCUGCAGCGGGAGCGCGCCGCCCUGCCCAUCGCCCGCUCGCGGCAGUCGCUGCUGGCCGCCCUGGCACGCAGCCCGGUGGUGCUGGUGGCCGGGGACACGGGCUGUGGCAAGUCCACGCAGGUGCCCCAGUUCCUGCUGGCCGCCGGCUACUCCCACGUGGCCUGCACCCAGCCGCGGCGCUUGGCCUGCGUGGCGUUGGCCCAGCGCGUGGCCCGCGAGAGCCUGGGGCGCUUCGGGGACCAGGUCGGCUACCAGAUCCGCUUCGAGAGCGCCCGCUCGCCGGCCACGCGCAUCGUCUUCCUGACCGAAGGGCUGCUCCUGCGCCAGGCCCAGCGGGAGCCCACGCUGCCCGCCUACCGGGUGCUGAUUGUGGAUGAGGUCCACGAGCGGCACCUGCACUGCGAUUUCCUGCUGGGCGUCCUGCGCCAGCUCUUGGGUGCCCGGCCUGACCUCAAGUUGGUGCUCAUGUCUGCCACCAUCAACAUCCAGCUUUUUGCCGACUAUUUUGGGGGCGCACCUGUGAUCCAGGUUCCUGGACGCCUCUUCCCCAUCACGGUCAUCUACGAACCCAUCCGCCCUGAGGAAAGCAGUCGUGGGCGCAGGGAGCGACUGGGCGUCCAGCCCUUCCUGCGGGUGCUCCAGGCCAUUGACCACAAGUACCCGCCGGAAGAGAGGGGAGACCUGCUCAUCUUCCUCAGCGGGGUGGCUGAGAUUGGGGCAGUGAUGGAGGCCGCGCAGUCUUACGCGGCCUUCACCAAGCGCUGGGUGGUCCUUCCUCUUCACAGCACCCUCUCUGUGGCCGAGCAGGACAAGGUCUUUGACCUUGCUCCACCAGGAGUCCGGAAGUGCAUCAUUUCCACCAACAUUGCGGAGACUUCCGUGACCAUCGAUGGGGUCCGGUUUGUUGUGGAUGCAGGAAAGGUGAAAGAGCUGAGCUAUGACUCCAAGGCCAAGUUACAUCGCCUCCAGGAGUUCUGGAUCAGCCGAGCCAGUGCCGAGCAACGCAAGGGCCGGGCAGGCCGCACUGGGCCCGGGGUCUGCUACCGCCUCUACGCUGAAUCAGACUAUGACAAUUUUGCCCCCUACCCAGUGCCAGAGAUCCAGCGGGUGGCCCUGGAUGCCCUGAUUUUACAGAUGAAGAGCAUGGGGCUAGGCGAUCCCCGAGCGUUCCCUUUCCUGGAGCCACCUCCUUGGGCCAGCCUGGAGGCAGCCCUGGGCUAUCUAAAGCAUCAGGGUGCCCUGGAUUCAGCAGAGGCCCUAACACCCAUUGGGACUCUCUUGGCUCAGCUUCCAGUUGAUGUGGUGAUUGGGAAGAUGCUGGUGUUGGGGACGCUCCUGGACCUGGCUGCCCCGACACUCACCAUUGCCGCUGUCCUCAGCGUGCCCUCUCCCUUCCUGCACAGGGGCGGGGGGCGCAGCAACCUGAACUGCCUGGCAGCCCGGCGAAGCCUGGGGAGCCCACUGGGAGACCCCCUGACCCUUCUGAAUAUCUUCAACGCCUGGGUCCAGGAGAAAGCGGCCAAUCGCCGAGGAUCCCAGCGGUGGUGCCGACAUCGGGGCCUGGAGGAGCAUCGGCUCUACGAGGCAGCCAAUCUGCGGCGCCAGUUUCAGGAAUUGCUGCGGGACCACCGACUGCUGCGCCCUCCUGCUCAGCCUUACAGCUCCUACGCUCGACAGAGGAGGAGGCGGGAACAUCGAGAGCUGCACAGACUCAAGCGGGAGCAUGAGCAGCGGGGUGGGCGCCGGCGGAAGCUGUUGCGGCUGCAGGAGGAGGAACAGCAGCAGCAGGAAGCAGGAGGAGGGUCCGGUUUUUCAUCUGGGGAAGAGGAGGAGGGUAGUUCCUGCCUAGACAUCCAGGAUGUGAAUUUCCAGCUGCGACAUGAUAUGGAGGAGCUGCAGGCAGCUGCCCGUGAAGGCCAUGGGCUCUCCACCAGCCAGCUGGCUCUGCUGCAGCUGGUGCUGGCUCAGGGCCUUUAUCCUCAGCUGGCUGUCCCUGACCCUUUCAACGAGACCCGCAAGGAUUCGGAACAGAUCUUCCAUACAAGAGAGAAAGCCGGCCUUGUCCUGCACCCGACCAGUGUGUUUGCUGAUGCCCCAGAACUGCUGCAUUCGGACUCCAAGGCUGGCAAGGACCCAGAUGCCAAGGAGAGGAUGACCAGCCACCCCCAAAUCCUGUCCUUCGUCUCACUGCUGGAGACCCACAAGCCCUACCUGGUAAACUGUCUCCGCCUGCCAGCACUGCAGGUGUUGCUGCUUUUGGCUCGCUCUCUCGAUACCAACGCUGACUGCACGCGCAUAGUGGCUGACUCCUGGCUUGAGCUUCAAGUCCCCGUGGCAGAGACAGCCGUGCAGAUGCUUGGCAUUGCCCUGCGCCUCCGGGCCUCUUGGGACAAAGUGUUGGACAAGUGUCUGCAAAGAUUGGCAGGCCCGUCUGGGGAGGAGGAAGAGACAGAGGCACCACUCAGCGCCCCAGAAGUGUGCCAACUCACACACGAACUGUUGGGCUUCCUGAAGACGGAGGCCCAGUACAGCCUCCGCCGAAUGACCUCUCUGGAGCAGCAGCACCUCUAUGGAGGCCCUCAGAUGGCACCUGAGGAGGCUGAAAGGCUGCCCAGCUUCUUCCAGGGGGUGCAGCUGGUGCCCCACGAGGUGAAAGGUGGCUACAGGAUUGGCGAGUUCCUGACAUUUAAUUGUCUGGCAGGGGAGGGAGAUCUGUACAGUGACUGCCUGCGCAGCUUCUGGACGUGCCCACAAUGUGGGCUCUACAUGCCCUUCACUCCUCUGGAGCGUGUGGCCCAUGAAGAGGCCUGCCGGUCUCCUGGCCCUCAGGAGGGCCCCCCUGGCUGCGAAGGGCCCAGAGGGGGCGCAGCGGAGACUGCCUCUGGCACCUCUGCCCUGCAGCAACUCUACCACUGUGCCAUCUGCCAGAACAGCCUGCACCUCACACCCACAGAAAUCCUGAAGCAUCGGAAGCAGCAUCAGGGGUACUUGUGAAAGGGCCCUUGGGGGAUUUUCACAGUUGGGUCACUCCCUGGAACUGGCCGUGGCUCGGAGGAUGAGCCCAGAGGAAGGGGAGGCUGGCUGCUCCCCAACAAACAUCAUUUGGCCCAAUCAAGGUGAAUGAGUCUCUAUGAGGCAUGCCUGGAGUUGCUGUGAAAACUUUAAAUUGAUGUGGGCAUAUUGUAAUUGUAAUUGUCAGGCAUUAUUUAUUUUAUUGCAGUCAUUAACCAUCACAUUUUUGACCAUUCUGCUGAAAUAAAAUAUGCUAAUUUUAA